AUGCCUUUCGCCCUGGAGCUUCCUAGCGAGUACGGUUAUGUCCUGACCGUCGCGUCGGCUUCGUUCUUCGUCAACCUGUACCACUCCACGCUUACGUCGCUGGCCCGCCGAGACAGCGGCCUCAAGUACCCGAUCCCCUACGCGACCGAGGAGCAGGCCGCCAAGAGCCCGGCCGCCUACAAAUUUAAUUGCGCACAGCGGGCGCAUGGCAACUUUGUCGAGAACUUUGGGCCCUUCCUCGGCGCGCUCCUGAUCUCAGGCUUACGCUUCCCGACAGUGGGUGCUGCUGUCGGUGCCGCAUGGGUUUUUGGUCGUGCUCUGUACGCCCGCGGCUACGUUGCUCAAGGUCCGCCUGGGCGCAUGAUGGGUUUCGGUAUCUUCCUGCUGAGUGAUGUUGCCCUCAAGGUCAUGUCGGUUUGGACUGGUGUGCAAAUGAUUCUUGAAUCCCGCGCAUAG